AUGUUCCCCCUGCGGGCGGCUCGCCACCCGCACUGCGGGCCGCUCGCGGUUCCUCGCCACGGGCGCGGCACGCGUGCCCCGCUCGGGCUAACUCGCGGUCCCCGUGCGGGCUGGUGCCUCGGACCUCGCGGGGCGCUCGCGUCCCAGCCCGGGCGGCGUGCGUGCAUCUGGCGUGCGCUCCGCAUGCCCACCGCGACGCCGUCCCGCCGGACCCCGUGCGGUGGCACGCGCGGACCCCUGCGGGGUGGCUCGCGUCCCCCUCGGGGUGGCCGCGCGGACCCUGCGCGCCGGCUCGCCGGGCCCCCUGCGGGCGUGGCAUGCCACCUGCGUGCCGCUCGCGGACCCUGCGGGGGCUGGUUCGCAGGCCCUUGUGCGCGAUGGGCGUCUUGGCUCGCGGGCCUGCCUACGGGGCGGCACGCGUGCCGCCUACGGGCCCGCUCGCGGACCCGCGUACGGGCUGGGCGGCGUCCCCUGCGGUACGCAUGCGGAGGCCCCAUGCGAGGCGGUUCGCGUCCACCUGCGUGCCAGCUCUCGCGGAUCCCUGUGGGCGGCACGCGGACCCUACGGUAG